CAUGCGAUGGGUUACCUUACUACCACAGUUUGUUAUUGGUAUUCCAUACAAUCGGGUAAACGACACUGAUUGCCGCCGGCCGGCCGGCUUUUUAAUUUUCGCUUUUUCGAAUUUACCAUAAUUUUUCGACGAAGAAUUCGUUGAUCAGCUUCGCACGUGAACAGAAAUAAACGCUGGCAGGAAAUAACAAUCGAUGGCGGUAACAAAAACGACAGUAAUUUAAUAAGCAGAAAAUGAAAACAAGCUUUAUAUUCUGUCAGAUAACGAAGACGAAGCGGUUGUUUGCGGUUUGAAAUAAAAGAUGAUGUAAAUUGAAGUCUCAAAGUUUUUCAAUCCUUUCCCUGGCUGAUUGAAAGAAUGGAUGAGUUAUGAAGGAAAUAAAACACUGGGUCACACUUCUGUUGUUCCCUUCAGCCUUGUGUUUACCAUUUGACGUAAAAGGACCUCAAUUUACCAGGGAACCUCCGACCAGACUACAUUUCUCAAAUGAUACAGGAGCAAAGAUUGAUUGCAUUGCGACUGGAACUCCGCCUGCGCUGGUUGAAUGGAUAUUAGGUGAUGGCAGAAUAGCGGAUACAGUGCCGAAUCUAAGGACCGUGUAUUCCAACGGAACCUUAAUUUUUUCACCAUUUACGGCUGAUUUGCAUCGUUCGGAAAUACACUCGAGAGAUUAUAGAUGUCGUGCUAGGAAUACUGUCGGACAAAUAAUAAGCAGAGUGACCAAUGUAAAUGCUGUGUUGAAAACAAAGUACGAAGUUCAAGUUUAUGACGAAACCGUGGUUAGUGGUAAUAUAGCUAUACUUCGUUGUAUUGUACCAUCUUCCGUUUCGGAGUAUGUCUCGGUAACUUCAUGGGUGCAAGAUAACUCCAUAACUAUUUUUGCUAACAAUAAUUUAGGUGAUAAAUAUAUCGUAGUUGGAAACCGUGAUCUCUAUAUUUAUAAUGUCAGUGCUGGUGAUAGUUAUAAUGGGUUUAUAUGUCGAACUAUCAAUCGUUUAACUGGUGAAAUACAAACCAGCGCCUAUCCUGCCCGUAUCACUGUGACUGAACCCGAAGGAAUGACACCGCCGAAGCUGUUGGUUGAUAAACAAAAUAAGAAAAAAGUCGGAAUCGAUGAACAUAUCACUUUAUCAUGUGCAUCUCAAGGAUACCCCGUACCUAUGUACAGAUGGUUUCGGGAAGAAAAAGAGAAUCUCAAACCUGUCAUCGCUACGCAAAGAAUGAAAUUCGGUCCUCCAGGGUUAUUGCAAAUUCAGCACGUCCAAUACGUCGAUCAAGGAAAAUAUAUUUGUAUCGUGAACAAUUCAUUAGGCGAAGAAAAAGUCCAGAUAUCGCUCACCGUUACUUCUUCCCUGACAUCUCAAAUGAUACCGACCAGUGAAAUAAUAAAAAUAGGUAAAACUGUCGAAUUCACGUGUAAAGUUAGCGGUUCACCUGUGAAUAAAGUAUCCUGGUAUCAUAAUGGUCAAUUGAUAUCAAACGAUAAACGAUAUUACAUAUCAAAUAAUCCUGAUAAGUUAACCAUAUCUCCGUUGGUCAAAGAAGACUAUGGCAUGUACCAGUGUUUUGCCAGUAAUGAAUGGACAAUGACACAGUCCGCAGCUCAAUUAUUACUAGGAGAUGUUGGACCUGAAAUCAUUCAUUCGUUUUCUGAACAAACAUUACAACCGGGUCCUUCGUUAUCUUUGAAAUGUGUUGCAACGGGGAAUCCUCCUCCGUCAAUUAUUUGGAAAUUGGAUGGUUUUCCUAUACCAGAUUCUAGUAGAUUCAUGGUGGGCCAAUACCAGAGUAGCCCAGAAGAAGUUGUAAGUCAUGUUAAUAUUACUACUUUGAAAGAUGUCGAUGGAGGAGAAUAUUCGUGUACUGCCAAAAAUUCAGUUGCUCAAAGUACUCGUUCAGCAAGAAUUAACGUUUAUGGUCUUCCUUUUAUUCGGCCUAUGUCAAAAAUUACUGCCAUUUCGGGAAGUAGAUUAAUCAUCAAAUGUCCAGUGGCUGGGUAUCCCAUAGAAUCAAUUACAUGGGAACAAGGUUACGGUGGCGUUCUAUUACCGGUGAAUAGAAGACAGAGAGCAUUUCCAAACGGCACGUUGAUAAUAGAUCAAAUCCAACGAGCCAGCGACGCCGGAACGUAUACUUGUCAAGCGCAAAAUCGUCAAAAACAGAACGCUCGAAGGGAUGUAGAAGUUCAAGUGCUAGUUCCCCCUAAAAUAAUGCCUAUUCCACCGCUGACAAAUUUACUUCAAGAGGGAAACAGAGCGGGUAUUACGUGUCAAGUGGUAGAAGGGGAUUUGCCUAUAAAUUUUCGCUGGGAGAAAUCGACUCCGACCGGUCGUACAGUCGAACUGGGUGCAGUAACCCGCAGAAUUGAUGAGUACACUUCAGCCUUGAUUAUUGAAAAGAUUACCCCGUCGCAUUCUGGAAAUUAUACGUGUAUCGCGCAAAACAACGCUGGAGAAGAAAAGCUCACCGUUCCUGUUACCGUAAAUGUACCGCCGCAUUGGAUAGUCGAGCCUAAGGAUAUUAGUAUAUCGGCUGGUAAAGAUUUAAUGCUACAUUGCAAAGCUGAAGGAUACCCUGUACCUACGAUAGUAUGGAAAAAAGCCAUAGGUCAAGAAGUCGGCGAAUACAAGGAUUUUAUUUACGAACCGAAUUUGAAUCUUUUUCUGAACGGGUCGCUUCAAUUUUUACACGUUAAUAAGAAAAGCGAAGGGCAUUAUUUAUGCGAAGCCAAAAACGAAAUCGGUUCCGGUGUCAGCAAAGUGAUUUUCUUAAAAGUUAACACUCCUGUUCAUUUUGUUCAGAAAUCUAGACAGUUGAAUAUUUUAAAGGGAGAUGCUGCUCAUUUACAAUGUAAUGCAUUAGGUGAUAAUCCGAUUGACAUAAUUUGGACCGGAUCAAAAAAUCAGCCCAUUUCAAAUGAUGUUGACCCUAGGUACUCGAUCAGAGAUCAGAUACUUGACGAAGGAAAAAUAUCUGAAUUAGGAAUCACAAAAGUUUUUCGCCACGAUACCGGUGCUUUCACUUGCCACGCUAAAAAUAACUAUGGACAAGAUGAAAUGACUAUUCAGCUCAUCGUACAAGAAAUUCCAGAAACACCAAAAAACAUUCGAAUUGCAGAACAGGGCAGUAAAUCAAUUACAUUGUCCUGGACCCAACCAUACGCUGGAAAUAGUCCAAUUAUUAAUUACGUAGUGCAAAAUAAAUUAGCUUCAGCGGCUUGGUCAGUGGAUCCUGCUAAAGUUGUGGUUCCUAGUACUAAAACAUCGGCCGUUGUUGAAAACCUGACGCCGGCUAGCACUUAUCAUUUCAGAAUUUUAGCUGAAAAUAGCAUCGGCUUAAGCGAGCCUAGCGAAAUGAUACAAAUUACCACUCAAGAAGAAGCUCCCAGCGGACCUCCCAGAGAAGUAAAAGUAUCAGCAAAAAGUUCGACGGAAUUGAACGUAACUUGGGAAAGUCCAGCAAAAGAUUUAUGGAACGGAAACCUACUUGGUUAUAAUGUCGGUUAUCAAGAAAUUUCCGAUACAGUAUUGCAAUCCACUCCAAAUGGUACAUCUUCACCUUUGCAAUAUAGUAUGAAAACGGUGGACAUUGGUUCGGAUUUUGGUGGUCAUACUAUCAUUACUGGAUUGAAUAUGUACUCUAUGUACAGCAUCAUAGUGCAAGCGUUCAAUAGUCGCGGACCUGGUCCAUUUUCUGACCCUAUCAGCGCACGAACCGAUGAAGGAGUUCCCAGCGUACCGCCGGAAAAUGUGAAAUGCAUGGCUUUAACUUCGCAAAGUAUUCAGAUCUCGUGGAAUCCUCCAGUUGCCGAAGGUCAAAAUGGUGUAAUUCAAGGGUAUAAGGUCUUCUAUCAACCUGCUGAAGAUUGGUAUGAAAAAAAUGACUACGUUACCAAAACGGUCACCCCUCUUGUUACAACAAUUGGUGGCCUGAUGAAAUACACCAAUUAUAGUUUUUUUGUUCGCGCCUACACGAAACCCGGAGACGGGGUUAAAAGUAAUCCAGUUUAUUGUCGUACCGAAGAAGAUGUACCAAUGGCUCCAGCAGGAAUCAAAGCUUAUCCUAGCUCAACUAAUAAAAUUAUCAUAUCUUGGCUACCUCCACUGCAUAAAAAUGGCGAAUUAACUGGCUACACUUUCUAUAUGGCUUUAAGAAGCGGCGGCAAAGAAGAAGAAACACAUAAACGAAAAUUUCAAGAGUCUGUAACACAUCAUGAAAUAGCUCGAUCUCUGGAAACCGCUACCUAUCAGUUUUGGGUGACAGCUUCUACCAAAGUGGGCGAAGGAGAAAGUACAGCUGUGAUUACAGUUCCUCCUUCUUUAAAAGUUUCUGCUCGAAUUUUAUCUUUUAGUCAACAAAUCAUAACGCCGUGGAAAAAAAAUAUCACGUUACCGUGUCAAAAAGUUGGCAACCCCGUUCCUAAACUUGUAUGGAAAUUACGUGGUAAAGUGUUCAAAUCAGGUGAAAGAUUCGAGAUCAAUAAAGAUGGCUCCCUGAUUAUUUAUGAUAUCCAAAGAACUGACGGUAGUAAUUACACUUGCUAUGUGGAAAACAUUCAUGGAAAAGACGAAAUAAUAUACAGCAUAAUUGUUCGAGAACCACCCGACCCACCUGAACUUACAGUUGUAAAUGAAGACACUGAUAGCUUACAAUUGGCCUGGAAGGAUACAGCACAGCCAGAUAUACCAGUAUUAGGUUAUGUGAUAAAUUAUAAAAGAGAUCAUGGAGAUUGGGAGGAAAUACAAAUAGACUCCAAGACUGAUACGUACUUAUUGCGCAAUUUAUGGUGUGGUACCAAGUAUCAAUUAUACAUGACAGCCUACAAUAAGAUUGGUACCGGCUUACCUUGUGAUAUUGUUACCGCUUAUACCAAAGGAUCGGUACCUGUAUCGCCUGUCGGGGUACAGCAAGGUAUGACCUAUAACACAACAGCAGCUGGUGUUUGGCUGGAUAUGUGGAAUGAUGGAGGAUGCAGCAUACUCUAUUUUAUCGUUGAAUACAAGAAAGAAAUGGACGGUGAAUGGAAAGUUAGCCCAAAACCGGUGUCUCCGAGUGAUAGAAUUUACGUUAUUUACGAUUUAAUCCCAGCCACAAGGUACCAGUUGAGAAUCACUGCGCAUAACAAUAUUGGAUCAACCGUACAAGUGUAUAAUUUCACCACUUUAAAUGAAGAAGGAGGUACAGUUAUUCCGAUGGAGUUUAUUACGUAUGCUUCGGAGAUACCCAGUGAAACUGUGUUUUCUCCAGUUACCUCGAUUGUUUCAAUUGCCAUUCUUAUUUUCAUCCUUACUACUGUUUUCAUAACCAUUUGUUACUUUAAGAAAAAACGGUUCAACGAACUGAAUGAUAUUUGUGAUAACGUAUCGGUUGGAGCUCACCAUCAACGUCACCAAGAUCAACAAUAUGGCAUAAAAAAUAGUCGAUCUCAGCAGACUUUAAGCGCUGAUCCAGCUUCCUGCAAAACUGAUUCAACCGAAUAUAUCGAUGAAAUUUGUCCUUAUGCUACGUUUCAACUCGCUAAACCUGCUUACACGGAGAGUACGUUUAGUGGUAACGUAUACAGUGGACCUUAUCAUUCGGUUGGUGGUUCAUUUGUCUAUCACAAUGUCAAAUCAACGACCUCUUCUAUAAAACCUAAACACAGUAAAGAUUACGAAUACACCAAAGUCAGAAGAACUGGCGGUAAAAUAAAAGAUAUUCAUUCAGAAAGUCAAGAGUCAGAUAAUUUUGGCAGCACAGAUUCUGAAGUGAAGAAGAUUUUAACCCUGCAUCUACCUAUUUCAGAAUACGAUACGUUGGGAAGUGAUUCCGAAUAUGAUGGCAGACAAAUAAAUAAUCAAGAGCUCGUUUCUUUCAGGCAUAUUGGCCCAUCGCGAGGAGGAUCAAGUUCAUCGUCGGAAAUAUCACCGACAGAUGCUCGAAAGCCAGCACCCCCACCGAUGCGAAAACCCAAAAAUAAGUCCCAACUAUUCGGUAAACGGGCUGUCAAAAGUAGCAGCGGUUAUUCCAGUCACACUGAAGAAACAACUUUCAGUUUCAGCAAUCGGAUUAAUCCACCGUCUCGAUUUUCCGAUAGACCACACUCACGCGGACCAAAUGAAAAUGACGCGAAUUUUCGACGUUCCUCACGCGGUGGCGGUCGAUUUACUCAAGAGACUUCUUUUCAAAUAGAUGUGUAAAAGCCUGCCUUUAAUUUUUUUACGUUUGUGUUACCUUUUUAUUUUUUUGUUUUAAUUUCGUUUUCGUAGUAAAAUGAUGUUUAUAUGUUUUGCAAUGUAAUACCUUUAUACAUUGUAUAUUUUUUUAGCCUUUCGAAUAAAAUUUAUUGGAAUUUUCCAAA